GCUUCCUGAGCUCUGGCCAGGAGCUGGGUGGACCGGCAGGAUGUAGACGGAGAUUCGGCUUCACUGCAGCAACAGGAAGUCGCGAGUGCCGGUGGCUGUGAGUCCCAUGGCAACAGGAACAACUUCCGGCCCGCCACCACCUUCAAGCCAAACAACAGGCACUCCCUUGGCAACCAGACCUGCCUCUGCAAAACAGGCCGGCAGGUCUGGAGGCCGGAAAAUGUACAGCCAGCGGUUUGGAGUCCUGCAGAGGGAGAUUAAGGGAUCUACUCCCAAGGUGGUGGCGGUGAGAGCCAAGCCUCCCAAACCCCAAGGGACUGAGCGGCAAGGGGAAAAAAUCCAACGCAAGCACCAGAAGUAUCAUGCUACUUUGGCUAACAUUAAGUCACGUGAAAGGGAUCGCCUGAAGGUUGAGUGGAGCCAACACAGUGACCGCAAGUCUUUUGCCAGCCUUGUGCAAGCAAGAGUCAAAGAUGCCAUGCAAGGGUUUCUCUUCCAUACUGAAGAAAGACGAAAUAAGCUACGUGAGCUUUUGGCAGCAGAAGAGUAUGAGUAUUUCAUGGAAAUGCAAUCAAAAGGAGAAACCAUUGAAGAGAAAAAGGAUAGAAUGAGAGAGAAAACCAAAUUAUUAAAACAGAAAAAAGAAAGAGAGAGACAGGAUUUUGUGGCUCAAAAAUUAGAUCAGCAAUUCAGGGAACACUGUGAGGAGCUCCGCACGCAGUUGUUUACCAUCCAUGAAAAGGUAGUGUCGGAGGAGAGGAAAGCACAGGUAGCCUUCAACGAGGAGCUGAAGAGACAAAAGCUGGAGGAAGAAAAGAUGUUUGCCAAGCUCUGGGAGGAGGACCGCUUAGCAAAGGAAAAGCGAGAAGCCCAAGAGGAGAGGAGACAGAGGGAGCUGGUGGAGAACACACGCCUGGGGCUGACCACGCAGAUUACUAGCAACCUGGCACAAAGGCAGGAGGCUCUGCGGCUGAAGAAAGAGGAGAUGCACCUGCUGGAAUAUGACAAUGCACAGAUUAAAUUUGAGGAUGAACAAGAGAAGAUGAAGAAACUGAAGGCAAAGCAGGAACUGAGGACCACUUUGCAAAAGGCCUUACAAGAGAAGAUAGAACAUAUUCAGCAGGAGUACAGAGAAGAGCAGGACUUGAACAUGAAACGUGUACAAAGAGCCCAACAAAACUUACAGGAAGAAGAAGAUAAAAAUAAGCAAAAAAGAGACAAUAUGAUGAGAGAACAGAAGUUGUAUCUUGAAUAUUUGGCACAGCGACAUGAGGAAGAAAAAGCUCAGGAGAAAGAAUUGAACAGAAUGUUAGAGGAAGAGAAGGAAAAGAAGUGGGCUGAGAAGGACAAACAGCUGAGACUUGAAAAGGAGGCAAGGCAACAACUCUUGAAUGAGGUCACACGUACAAGACAACUCCAAGUAGAGGAAAAGUUACAACGGAAAGCCAAAGAACAGGAAGAUUAUGCCAUGGAGCAGAAACGCAUAGCUGAAGGCCUUAGAGCACUUUACUUUGAUGGAGAGGAAAAUUAUGCAAGGCGGUGUGAGUUAGCCCAGAAAUACAGGGAGCAUCUUCAGAUGCAAAUUGCUCACCAGCAGCAGAUCCGAGAAGCUGAGAAGGCAGAGCAGCGCCGAGAAUUUGAGUCAGGAAUGGCAGCACAGAAGGCCAAUGAGGAGAAGAUCCAGAAGAUCCUGUCGACCCAAUCCGUGCAGCCCCAAAACAUUCACCCCAUGCGGAGAGCUUACCCCUACAAGCUUCCACAAUAGUUUCAUGAACAUCAAUGUAUUUUUCUUACUCUUGUCAUAGUAUUAAGUACAGUAUGCUUGUGUGUUCCCUUAACUUACGAAUAAACUGUUUUUUUUUAAAUUCCGAGUUUAUGUAAUUUGUUAUAUAUAAACUUCUUCCUUAAAUAUAUGUGUCCAGUACUUUUAGAUUUCAUAGACAUGUUAAUCAGUUUUUCAUCACUGUGGCAAAAUACCUGCCAUUA